AUGGAGGAAGGGAAGCAAUCUACGAGUGUUCUUGUGGCAUCGACAGAGAUUCCUGGGUCUUUGCAUUCCCAGGGACCUUCGAACCAGGAAAAGCCCACGCAAACCGUACCUGCAGAGGCAUGGCCCAAGCAACCGGUACCGUUGGUGCCUAGCAGCAAAAGCCAAUUGCUCAUGUGGGUAUACGACGCAGUGCUGCUCACCGUUCCGCUCAUUCUCAUCGCCAAAAUCGGCCUGGUUAUCGGCGCAUGGAAGCUGGAUCGGUCGCAUCGUGGGAGCGACAUCGACCUUGUCAGCUCACUCACUAUUUUCCUGAUCGAGUUCAACGGUCAGAUGACCACCGCUUUCACCAUCAUCUUCGUCACAGUCAUGUCAACCCUCGUGCGGCGAUACGCUUUGUGGAAAGCGCAGAGGGGAGCGCGAGUGGCGGACCUCGAGCAACUGCAAGGGAGCAUUAGUCUUCCAAGCACAAUCAAACUGAUCUGGUCUCUGCGUGCCUUCACAACGACCAGUGUCGCUCUCGUGGCGAUCUGGUCGUUCUACUACCUGGGCAGUCAGGCCAGCAAGCUGGAAUUUCGACGGGCCGAUUCUGGCUCAUAUCACAACAUGCAGGCUGCCACUGCCGGCCCAAAUUACCUGUCCGGCUUUAGCUCCUCCUAUACAGGCUCGUUCCCAGUCGAAACCUUGAACGCUGAUCUCAUUGCGGCCGAAGGCUUUGCAAAUCCGGAGUAUCAGGCAGUUGCGUCGAACCUAUGGGGUACCGACUCGAUUGGGUCCGCAUUGCUCCCUGAUCUCAACGCUGUCCUCGAUCAGGGCUGGUUUGUCAACAAUGUCGGAUGGGUGCCUCCCCAUCCUGGUCACCAUGGCUGGGUCAAAGUUGGACAUCAAUCGCAGCUCCACAACUACGACGACUACUCGUCACUCGUCGGAAGUCCCAUCUACUUCAUGCUGUUAAGUGAUGGAGGGGGCGCAUCGAUGAUCCAAGUCAAUAGCUUCCUGGGUACCUACACUCUCCACAACAGCUACCUUUCCGUCAAUUGUGGGCGACCUGUAUUCCUGUCUUACGACUCUUUUCCCAAAGGGACAUAUAUGAACCAAUCUAUUAGUUUCAACAUGACCCAGGUCCGAGCCGACGCCCCCCGAGAUGUUCACGGACACCCUCUCCGUGAAUUCAACCUCUCAACCCGUUGGAUUCCAGACAACGACCAAAGCAUCCUCACAUACGGCAGCUCAACACAAACAUGUAACAUCACCUCUGUCAAUGUCGACAUGCAAGUCUCCUGUGGGCCGUCAGGCUGUCAUCCAGACAAAAUGCGAUACGCCAACCAUACUUCUCGCCACAACGCAACCUCGUUCAGCACACCCUUUGAUGACGACGCAUUUUCUGCUCGGUUCUUCAGCGCUCUUCUCCUCGCUCGCGGGCCACAACUCAACGUCUCGACGCCUACGGAUAUUGGGGCCAGUCUAACUGUGAGCCUUCAAAACUGGCUAGGCGAACACGGGAGCGGUGACGGCUACGACGUAUUCCUGACGAUGACUAGAAGAGGCCUUUCAAUGCCGCUCACCUUGUACUUUAACAGCUACUACAUGCUGUCGCAGCGCGACGCCAGUUCCGGACCAACCUUUAGCGCCGACGACACGGCUUUCCGGCUCCUCACUGUCCAUGGCGCGUUCUAUGACCCUCAUUAUGCCAUCUUCUGGGGAUGGAUCGCUGUCGAUUUCGUGUCGUGCAUCAUCCUCUUGAUUGCUGCGGCGGUCGCAUGCUGGCUGCGCACCCAAACCCUAGCCCCCGACAUCUUCGGCUAUGUGUCGAGUCUGACGAGAGACAACCCGCACAUCCACCUACCUGACAACGGGACAACGCUGAGUGGCCUAGAAAGAGCGCGGCUGUUGAGAAACGUCACGGUCAAAAUCGGCGACGUGAGUUCUCCGGACGAUGAAACGGGCAGAGUCGGCCUGGCUCAGGUGCACAACACCAGCAGAGCUCCGGUGGCCAAUUUGAAGCCGACUGUUGCAUAUGUUUGA